AGUUGUAGUGGUUUUGAUAUCUCAAGUUGUUUUAUUCAUCUUGCUGAAUGGCAUCCUUUGGAAUAACGAAGCUUAUCGGGCUUUAAAGCCCCUCUUUUUGCAGAGUUUUGUUAUUGUUAGCGUGUGGUCCACUUGAGAAUUCAUAAUUUUUGGAGUAGAUAAUGUUUCGCGAUAGUUUUUCAUUUGUCCAAGCGAUGAGUUGCUUCGGAUGUUUUGGUGGCUCUGAGAGAUCAAGACAGUCACCAAAUCCAUAUGAUGAUGAUACAUAUUCCAAUGAUGGUGAUGUAACAAGUAAUGCGGGAGGAGAAGAUGAAGAAGAAGAAGAGGAAGUAGAGGAGCAGAGCCGUUCCAAACGAUCUGAAGAAAUUUUGAAAUCUAAAUUACAAAAUGGACUAAUCUGCAGGCAGUUUCCAGUGAAGGAAACUAAUAAACUUAUACGUGGAGAGGAUGAAGAUGGAAACAAGACAAUAAAUGAGUUUGUUCGAGAGCGUAAAAUUGGAUCUGGUAGUUAUGGGAAAGUGGUUCUAUAUCGAAGCACUGUCGAUGACAAGCACUAUGCUAUUAAGGCUUUUCACAAGUCAUAUUUAUUAAAGCUACGGGUUGCACCUUCAGAAACUGCGAUGGGGGAUGUUCUUCGUGAGGUUAAGAUUAUGAAAACCCUGGAGCAUCCUAAUAUUGUUAAUCUCAUUGAGGUGAUUGACGACCCUGAGUUUGAUGAUUUUUACAUGGUUCUCGAAUAUGUUGAUGGAAAAUGGGCCUAUGAUGAUUUUGGGCCACCUGGUGCUCUCGGAGAAAUUACUGCUAGAAAGUACUUGCGCGAUGUAGUUGCUGGCCUCAUGUACCUUCAUGCUCAUAAUGUAAUUCAUGGGGACAUCAAACCUGACAAUUUACUGGUUACUAGUACCGGGAGAGUGAAAAUAGGAGAUUUCAGUGUCAGUCAAGUAUUCAAGGAUGAUGAUGAUCAACUCCGUAGAUCACCCGGCACUCCUGUCUUCACUGCCCCAGAAUGUUGUUUAGGUAUAACAUACAGUGGAAGAUCUGCAGACACGUGGGCAGUGGGAGUUACUUUGUAUUGUAUGAUAUUAGGACAAUACCCGUUUCUGGGUGAUACACUUCAAGAUACUUAUGACAAGAUUGUUCACAACCCGUUGAUAAUCCCGGAUGGACUGAAUCCUCAUCUCAGGGACUUGAUCGAAGGUCUCCUUUGCAAAGAUCCAAACCAGAGGAUGACGUUGAAAGCUGUGGCGGAGCACCCAUGGGUCACUGGAGAAGACGGAGCUAUUUCGGAAUACUUUUGUUGGUGCAAACGCAAAGCUGAAGAAGAGGAAGAACCUAAUGGGAUCGAAACCGUAGCUGAAAGCUAAGACCAGUAUACUUGAACAUAGCAAUCGUUGCAUGUUGGCGGUUAGAAGCGCUUGCGUUUUAAGUUGUUAUAACUCUUUUAGGCAUGUUUUGAGACUCUUUGAUUGUCCUUUUAUCCUCUUUGUUUCUUCAACUUUCUGUUUUUGUUUUCCGAUAUAUAUAUUGGUUACAUGUUUUGGAUCAUUGUAUCUACUGUCUACUUGCAUUGUUGUUAUAAAAAAAUGAUGUUUAU